AUGGCUGGAAAGCGGGCUUCGGAGGAUGCAAAAUCCCAAGACAAUCCCGAUUCAGGUAACACCUCGACAGCGGUGAAUGGGAGUAUCCAGCCACGUCUGGAGAAAAAUGCUAUGGUCGAUCCCAAGCCAAUUUCGAAUUUCAUCAAGGAGGAUUCUGGGGGUCAGCCCACCCAGGACGAAGAAGACCCAUUCAGUCAACUUCUUUCCGAUUCCGACGAACUGAGACACUCAGGUACCCAUGACGCGCCUUCUGAAUACGUGUCUUGGAUAUUGAUUUGCACUAGACAUCAUCGGCUGUCGCGGAAGGAGCAAUGGUAUCAAUCACAGGCUUCAGACGAAGUAUACCUUCAAAGACUGCACAUUUGA